GCCGUGCGGAUGGACUGUCUCUCCCACUCUGAUGCUUGUUUCGUGUCGUGAAGGAGGGCGUUUUAUUUAUAAUUUUUUAACAUUUCCCCGGCAACAGCCCGGUUUCUUUUCAACUAGACUGCACUCGUGUUUAUCGGCGAAGUCAUGGCAGACCGCGGCGUGGAUUUGUCCGCCCUGCCAAAAGAGGUUAGAGACCAGUUGGCGGAGUUGGAUCUGGAGCUGUCUGAAGGUGACAUCACACAGAAGGGCUAUGAGAAGAAGAAAGCCAAGCUGCUGGCCUCCUACAUCCCCCAUUUGCCAAAUGUGGAUCUGUCUCUGCCAGAUGUACAGCUCUCCCCAGGCCACAGUGCCGACCCCAGCCCAAGUCCUGAGGCCCCGGGCCCCUCCACCUCUUCGGCCUCCAGACACCACCGUGCACACCGCAGUGGAGGGGCCAGGGACGAUCGCUACAGAUCGGACAUCCACACAGAGGCUGUGCAGGCAGCACUGGCCAAACACAAAGAAGAGAAGAUGGCGCUGCCCAUGCCAACCAAGAGACGCUCAGCUUUUGUCCAGUCUCCCAUAGAUACCUGCACACCUCCAGACACGUCUUCUGCAUCAGAGGAUGAAGGCUCACUGCGCAGGAAGGCCGCCCUCAGCGCGGUGCUGGCCCAGAGCCUGCAGAGCCCUGAUUACUGGAUCAACCGUUCCGUCCAAAGCUCCUCCACGUCCUCGUCUGCUUCCUCCACCCUCUCCCAUGGAGAGCCCAAGACCCAACCACAGCCCCAGCUUCAGCCUGCUGUUUCCUUAUUGGCCGACGUACUGGCACACACACGCAUAGAAAACAGUGUCCCCCCAGAUGUGACAUCCUCCACUCCCCAGGAUAGAGGGUCCAGGGUGGACCUGCCUCCGGCGGUCAGGGGCAUGAGCCGCGGACAGAGCCGCUCCAGCAUGCUCGAUACUGCUGACGGAAAAAGAAAAGGCGUGCCUGUCAACAGCAGGGUGUCCACUAAGAUCCAGCAGCUGUUGAAUACACUCAAACGGCCCAAAAGACCACCACUCAGCGAAUUCUUCCUUGAUGACUCUGAGGAAAUUGUAGAAGUUCCCCAGCCGGACCCUAACACCCCGAAGCCUGAGGGACGUCAAAUCAUUCCGGUGAAAGGGGAGCCCCUCGGGGUGGUCAGUAACUGGCCCCCUGCCCUGCAGGCUGCUCUGGCCCGCUGGGGGGCCACCCAGGCCAAGAGUCCUGCCCUCACUGCUCUGGACAUCACUGGCAAACCCCUCUACACACUCACAUACGGCAAACUGUGGAGUCGCAGUCUGAAGUUGGCCUAUACACUGCUGAAUAAACUGGGCACCAAGACUGAGCCUGUCCUACAACCUGGAGAUCGGGUGGCGUUGGUGUAUCCCAACAGUGACCCUGGCAUGUUCUGGGUGGCUUUCUAUGGCUGCCUGUUAGCCGAGGUCAUCCCUGUGCCCAUAGAGGUACCACUGUCACGACAGGAUGCAGGCAGCCAGCAGAUUGGCUUCCUGUUGGGCAGCUGCGGUGUUAGUCUGGCGCUGACCAGUGAGGUGUGUCUCAAAGGGCUUCCCAAGACACCAAACGGAGAGAUCAUCCAGUUCAAAGGAUGGCCAAGGAUGAAAUGGGUAGUGACAGACACCAAGUACCUGACCAAACCAUCCAAAGACUGGCAGCCUCACAUCCCCACCGCCAACACAGACACCGCCUACAUAGAGUACAAAGCGAGUAAGGAAGGAACAGUGAUGGGAGUCGCUGUGUCCAAGAUCUCCAUGCUGACCCACUGUCAGGCCCUGACCCAGGCCUGUAACUACUGUGAAGGGGAGACGUUGGUCAAUGUGUUGGACUGUAAGAAGGAUAUGGGAAUGUGGCAUGGCGUCUUAACGAGUGUCAUGAAUAGAAUCCACACCAUCACAGUGCCAUAUGCUGUCAUGAAAGCCUGUCCUAUGUCCUGGGUGCAGAGGGUCCACAUUCACAAAGCACGUGUGGCCUUGGUGAAGUGCCGUGACCUCCACUGGGCCAUGAUGGCCCACAAGGAACAGAGAGACACCAACUUGUCCUCUAUACGUAUGCUGAUUGUAGCAGAUGGAGCAAACCCAUGGUCUGUGUCGUCAUGUGACGCCUUCCUGAAUGUGUUCCAGUCUCAUGGUCUGAAGCCUGAGGUCAUUUGUCCAUGCGCCACCUCUCCUGAGGCCUUGACUGUGGCCAUACGCAGACCUGGUGCACGAGGAGCUCCACUGCCUGCCAGGGCCAUCCUGUCCAUGGGCGGGCUGAGCCACGGCGUGAUCAGAGUGAACACAGAGGACAAAAACUCUGCGCUCACCGUUCAGGAUGUGGGCCACAUCAUGCCUGGAGCUCUGAUGUGCAUUGUGAAACCUGACGGGUCUCCUCAGCUGUGCAAGACAGACGAAAUAGGAGAGAUUGUGAUCAACUCUCGGGCUGGAGGCACCAUGUACUAUGGCCUGCCUGGUGUCACAAAGAACACAUUUGAGGUGAUCCCUGUCAACCAAGUUGGAGCACCCAUUGGAGAAAUUCCCUUUACUCGGACCGGCCUCCUGGGAUUCGUAGGACCGGGCAGUCUAGUGUUUGUUGUGGGGAAGAUUGAAGGGCUGCUGAUGGUGAGUGGGCGACGCCACAACGCAGACGACCUGGUGGCCACCGCGCUCGCAGUGGAGCCUGUCAAAACAGUUUACAGGGGGAGGAUCGCUGUGUUCUCAGUGACAGUGUUCUAUGAUGAGCGGAUAGUGAUUGUGGCAGAGCAGAGGCCUGAUGCCAGUGAGGAGGACAGCUUCCAGUGGAUGAGUCGAGUACUGCAGGCCAUCGACAGUAUCCACCAGGUCGGCCUGUACUGCCUCGCGCUCGUCCCAGCUAACACCCUCCCCAAGACGCCACUUGGAGGCAUCCACAUCUGUGAAACCAAGCAGAACUUUCUGGAGGGAAACCUUCACCCCUGUAAUAUCCUCAUGUGCCCUCACACCUGUGUUACCAAUCUACCCAAACCACGGCAGAAACAGCCAGUGGAUGUUGGACCAGCUUCGAUGCUUGUUGGCAACCUGGUGGCAGGGAAACGCAUCGCCCAGGCUACAGGCAGAGAGCUGGGUGUGGUGGAGGACCAGGAUCUGAUCCGAAAGCACCAGUUCUUGUCUGAAGCUCUGCAGUGGAGAGCCCAAACCGACCCAGACCAUGUCCUGUAUGUGCUGCUCAAUGCCAAGGGGGUGGCAGUGUGCACAGCCACUUGUGCUCAGCUACACAAGAGAGCAGAGAAAAUUACAGCCACCCUAAUGGAGAGAGGAGGCCUCAACACAGGAGACAAUGUGGUGCUGCUUUAUCCCCCAGGUAUUGACCUGAUAGCUGCCUUCUAUGGUUGUCUCUAUGCGGGGGUCAUCCCUGUGACAGUGAGGCCGCCUCACCCACAGAACCUGGCUGCUACUCUCCCCACUGUCCGCAUGAUCAUCGAUGUGAGCAAAGCAGCCUGCAUCCUCACCACUCAGCCUCUCAUGAGGAUCCUCAGGUCCAGGGAGGCUGCUGCCAGCGUCAACGUCAAGACGUGGCCCACGAUCAUUGACACAGAUGAUCUCCCCAGAAAGCGGCCUCCGCACAUCUAUAAACCUCCCACCGCUGAGAUGCUGGCCUACCUGGACUUCAGUGUGUCCACCACAGGCAUGUUGACUGGAGUCAAGAUGUCUCAUGCUGCCGUCAGUACACUGUGCCGCUCCAUUAAGCUACAGUGUGAGCUCUACUCCUCACGCCAAAUAGCCAUCUGUCUGGACCCAUACUGUGGCCUGGGCUUUGUCCUGUGGUGCCUCUCCAGUGUUUACUCAGGUCACCAGUCCAUCCUCAUCCCUCCCCUGGAGCUGGAGAGCUCGCUGCCUCUGUGGCUGAGCACGCUCAGUCAGUACAAGAUCAGAGACACCUUCUGCUCCUACUCUGUCAUGGAGCUCUGCACCAAAGGCCUGGGCACCCAGACAGAGAUGCUGAAGGCGCGGGGUCUCAAUCUGUCGUGCGUGCGGAGCUGUGUGGUGAUAGCAGAGGAGCGCCCUCGUCUCGCUCUCACGCAGUCCUUCUCCAAGCUCUUCAAAGACCUCGGCCUGUCGCCGCGUGCCGUCAGCACGGCCUUCGGCUCCAGGGUCAACCUGGCCAUCUGCCUGCAGGGUACUGCUGGACCAGACCCCUCCACAGUCUACGUUGACAUGAAGUCACUGCGUCACGACAGGGUGAGGCUAGUGGAGCGAGGAGCGCCACAGAGUCUUCCGCUCAUGGAGUCAGGCACUAUCCUGCCGGGAGUGAGGGUCAUCAUAGUCAACCCAGAGACCAGAGGCCCGCUGGGAGAUUCACAUCUUGGGGAGAUCUGGGUGAACAGUCCUCAUAGCGCCAGCGGCUACUACACCAUCUACGGGGAGGAGGGCCUGCAGGCGGAUCACUUCAACACCAGACUCAGCUUUGGAGAGCCCCACACUCUGUGGGCCAGGACGGGCUACCUGGGCUUCAUCAAGAGGACUGAGCUCCUGGAUGCCAGCGGAGAUCGUCAUGACGCCUUGUUUGUGGUGGGAUCCCUUGAUGAAACAUUGGAGUUGAGGGGUUUGCGUUAUCAUCCCAUCGACAUCGAGACAUCUGUGUCCCGAGCCCACCGCAGCAUCGCAGAGAGCGCUGUGUUUACAUGGACCAACCUGCUGGUGGUGGUGGCGGAGCUGAGCGGCUCGGAGCAGGAGGCCUUGGACCUGGUGCCCCUCGUCACCAACGUGGUCCUGGAGGAGCACCACCUCAUCGUCGGGGUGGUGGUCAUCGUGGACCCCGGGGUGAUCCCCAUCAACUCCAGAGGAGAGAAGCAGAGGAUGCACCUGCGAGACUCCUUCCUGGCAGACCAACUGGACCCCAUCUACGUGGCCUACAACAUGUGAACACCCCUCACCAACCGAUGCAGAAAACUGAGCCAGGCUCUGAGGACAGACAUGAGGGAGAAGGAAUCGGGGUGUGUUCAGUAGCAGCCCCGAUAUUAAACCUCAGACACACAUUCAAAACACCAAACAAUGUGGGAAUGCGAGUACAGUACCAGUGCUGUAAUGAGAACGUGCUUCCCUCUGAAACUGUUCCUUCUUUGCUUCCACCUGCUCGAGCGCUGCAGUCCAGGUUCACUGAGAUUUUCUCUCCUCUGAACAGUAGACACAUCUGUCAACUGGAGGAAAUUUGAUCUUCAUCCUCUUGUGCAUCCCACUUCUCCCUAAUAGCUCCAAUUCAUGUUUUUUAUAAGACAUUUUUAAUUACAUACUUUCAUCAGAGAAAGAAAUCCUACCCUCUUCCAUUCCUUGGUUUUUAUCCUGAACCAUUCAUCCCUGUGUUUAUGUUUUGAACCCACUCGAUUCUUGAAGGCAGGAUGGUGCACUGGAACUGCUGAGAGGAGCUGGAACUUUGCCCCCCUUGCACUUUGAAGUCCUCGCACCUCUGAGUCCACUUCCUGUCUCACCUGCCUCGAGGGGACACCCCCCCACCCCCCACCCCCCCAUGUCUGCUGCUGUCACAAGAGCAAAUCCACAACAGUAUUACAAAGUGCCACCAGCAAGUGCAGCCCAGAGGGGCGAUCCUGUUGCAUUACCUUCCUACCAGGUGCACCGUGGCUGUCGCCUCCAAUCACAUACUGUAUUUGCCAGCAGACACGCUGUCGGCAUUCACAUGUUACAAAA